CGCAGGCAAAGGACCUGGCCGCUGAGCUGCCUGGAGGAGAACUGAGGAUCGAUGAGCAGGACGAGGUGAUUGAGAUGCUCACCCAGCUACGAGACAGGAAGAGGCAACAGCUAGAACAAUUUUCCGCUCAAACCCUGGAGUUGUCGUCAUCGUCGGCAGAAAUGAGCAUGGAAGUCGACUCGAUGGCGUCGACACCCAGUUGAGCCACGGACCAAAUAUCCCGCUACAGUCACGCUUUCGAUUCUCUCUUCUUCUAUCCAUCACCACGCAGGCCGUAACAUUCUACUCGUCGAGGCUGGCCUCAUAUUAUUUCUAUCGCCCGUAUCCAUCAUGCGGCAUCCAAACUUCUGCGCUGGACGCGCCUUUAGAUUGACUCUCCUGCUCAUCAUCCUAUCUGAACACGGUCGCGGUAUGGUACAAUGGGAAAGCCCUGCAGCAGGAGAUAGAUUCGGUCCAAACGAGACGAUUGAUGGGAAAUGGCAAACAGAUUCACCUGUCGUUUCGCCGUCGUUCAAGUUGUGUGCAAGCUCGUCGCCGCCGCAAGUGAGCUCGCGGGAUAACGAUGACCAGAUAUCCUGCAAUGGCGAUGUAAGCAGCUGCGGAGAAACAGUUUGGCCUACUAUUCAGCAUGGCAAUGGGUCUUACUCCGCUUCACUGGCCGUUCCAAAUGUCACCUCUGAUGAGGUAUUUUACCUCCUCAUGACGGACAACUUUGGUACAAAGCAUUGCUCGCCCCUGUUUCUGCUUUCGCCCACAUCCUCUUCUGCAACCGCACAGAUUGCCACUUCUACACCGACACCAGUCCCAGUACCUAAUAGCAACACUGCUCAGUCACCCUUUGGUUCUCCUCUGACAGGCAACCCCGCACCUGUAGCCACAUCCGCCCUCAGUCCUGCAUCUUUACCAGCAUCUUCUCCAAAUAUUCUUGCGACACGAUCGCCACCGCCAAUCGCUGCAUUUGUUGUGCCCCUCUGCUGUGUAGGCGCUAUUCUUCUGGUUGCGGCAGGUCUCUGUGUCCGUCACAACCGUCAAUUAGACCAGGAACGUGCCCAUGACGCAGAAAAACUUGCUGUAUCACGCAACUCGAGUUUUGGCAGUUUCAGGUCACAUCAGAGCGAUGUGCUAUCUAAGAGUCAGACCGACGUGUAUCACUAUGGAUCCGCCAUGCCAGUACCGCUCUUUAUGCCUGUCGAAAUGUCUCGAGAAAGAACGAGACAGAUGCCUUAUUUCUCGCCUCCAAUGUACUAUCAUGGCGGUGGACGGAAAACUAGUUACUCUCGUUCGACAUCAUCCCGGUCAUCCAAGCGAAGCGAUUCCUCUCAUUCUUCGCAUUCUCAAUCAUCGACUAGACUGCCUUCACGAAAGAAUUCCAAUCGCAUAUACCUUCCUUCAAUAACCCCAAGUCCCCUGUUGGUGGAUUUUGAGGAAAGAGAUGCGCAUCACGGUACCAGCGUGACAGACGAUGUCCUUUCCGAGUAUAUGCAACCUUCGCCUAUUCCACCAGAUUGCUUGCUGCCUGCCCCUCAAAAGCUGCAUGUACGUAAGGAGGCUGUUGAUUUGGAGGAAGAAAGAAGGAGAUACGCGAGGAUGAACUCUAUCGAUUUGUACGACGCUGUUCAGAAUACUCUACGGAGACCUCAUAAUACAUGAAUGAAUGCUAUGCUAAUUCAAGGAACGGGGACCUAAAUCCCAGUCAACAGGGAACAAACUUCUUUGUCUACAUGACGCUCGAGGUAGUGCUCGGUCGGGGAUCAGCGGUGUACCGACAACUUUUUCUCCAGAAAACUAAAUCAAUUUAAGGUCAAACUUCCGAAGCAUGAGGUUUCAUGCUUUGACAACAUUCGGUAUAUGAGUUUCGACACUUACACAGGGCUAUUUUCCGGGAAAAUGUUUCUUUUCUCAUCGGUCUCAAAAGUGAGUCCAGAAACCGCGAACUCAAUCAGAUUUGACCAAAUUUACUUUCUGGCAGUGUAUGGAGAUUAUCUUGUUCGCCUUCGGUAUAUGAAGCGCGGCAU